AUGAGAACACAACCGUCUCUAAUGGAGAAAUACGGCAAAGUUAUUGAAGAUUACGUGGCCAAUGGUUGUUUGGAAAAGUUACCCGAGAAGCCCUCUGAUACGGGUUGGUACCUUCCCCAUCACCCAGUUAUUUCCGAAGACAAGAAUACAAAGUUAAGGAUCGUAUUUGACUCUUCCGCCAAAAAUGAUGGAAUCUCGCUCAAUGAUUUGGCCGAAAAGGGACCGUGUUUAUUUAAUGACCUGACGGGCAUAUUAUUACGUUUCCGACGUUUCAAAAUCGGCAUCGCAGGAGAUGUCUCAAAGAUGUUCCGAAGAGUUCUGCUUUUCCCUGACGACUGCAAGUAUCACAGAUUUCUUUGGCGAACGAACGAAGACCAAUUACCAGAUACUUACCAGUUUUAUUAUAUACAUGACAAAAUUACUCCAAUCUGAUUGUUUAAGAGGAGUGCAAUUAUUUCAUUAAUUGCAUUCUCCAGGACUGCAAUUAAUUAUAUUCGUGAUGGCUAGGGGGAGCGGGAAAUCAAAACAACAAAAUCCAAUAUGGCGGCGAAAUUUAGCUAAUUAUUUCUAACAAAUGUGGGCGAAUUUAACUAAAUUUUGGGCACAAGAAUGAGUUUAAGAAACAUUGUAUAGCAAAAAGAGCCUGUGGAAAAUACCUGGAAACAUUUUUAAGAAAUAAUCUUGGCGGGAUGCAGCGAAACGUGACUGUGUAAGUUUGAAAUACAAUUUAUAAAGAUUUUCUUAGUCUAAAAUAUGUUGUUUGAAUUUGAAUCUUGUGUUCUAGUUUAAGUUAUGUGCCUUUGUGAGUUUAUGAUCAUUUCACAAGUUUGUUUAUACUAAAUUGCCUACAAAGGAAUUAAAAACUCUUGACAAAAUCAGUUGAAAUAUAAAGAAAGCGAUUUUGUCAUGCAUAUAAUAAAUAAAUAAUCUCUCUCGAUUUUGUCAUGCAUAUAAUAUAAUAAAUAAAUAAUACUCGUGAUAUUUGAAAAAUGUGCCAAAUUGCACUCGCCUCGGCGGCUCGUGCAAUUUUGGCACAUUUUUCAAAUAUCACUCGUAGUGUUAAUCAUUAAUUGCACUCCUUCCCGUGUGAUUACCUAUACUAAUUGUAUCAUCUUUGAAAAUCCCGCCUCGCCGUUUUUAGCAAGUUACGUCAUCAAGCGAAUUAUUAAAGACUUUGGAACAAACAAACCAAAGGCUUGUGAAGCUCUAGACAAGGACCUCUAUAUGGAAGAUCUGAUUCACAGUUGCAAAGCUAGACUUGAUGCAAAGAAAACCGUAACCAACGUGUGCGAAAUGUUGGACGAGGGUGGAAUGAAGAUGCGUAAUUGGAUAUCCAAUCAACCGUGUGUUCUUGAAGGUGUUCCUGACCGAAUCAAGAAUGGCCCCUUUCAUUAGAUUAAACCAACGAGAGGGUCCUUGAAAUGACGUGGAUCCGCCCACCGAGCAAAUCCGAUAUUAUCCGUCAUAGAAGAUAUAGUGUGGACUAAACGAGGAGUCCUAAGAAGGUUGGCACAACUAUUUGACCCCAUGGGAUUGUUAGCAGCCUUUGUAGUUCGUGGUAAGAUCUUGAUGCAGGAGUUAUGGAGAAGAGGGAGAGAUUGAGACGAUCCACUUGAACUUGAUAUUAAGGGAUCCUGGUUGACCUGGUUUAAUCAAUUUGUUGAUUUAUCCAAGAUUACAAGCACGUCAUUGUCAUGUCCAGAGUUCCGUAGGAGAAUAUUUCUUGAAAGUUGAAGAUUUCUCAACAUUUCACAAGUUGAGAAAAAGAGUUGCCUUUCUUCGACGUCCUUUCCGCAAUUGGCGAUUGAAGAAAUCAAAACGUCUCACGAAGCCUACGACCAGAAGUGCAAUGAAAAAAAAGACAUCCAGCAUCUUAUAGAACCAUUAAGCGCGGACGAACUUCGAGAAGCAGAAAUUUGGCUUUUGAGACGAGACCAAAGCAUAUGUUUCGCGAAGGAAAUUACUGUCCUUGAAAAACAGCAAACUGGCCCGGGAAAAACGAAGACAGGGAAGAUGUUGGUCCCAAAAUCGUCUCCGUUAUAUCCUCUUUCUCCGUUCAUGGACGGCGAAGGUCUGGUACGUUUGGGUGGACGUCUUAAAAGAUCACCUCUAUUAUAUGAUUGUCGACAUCCGAUUAUUUCGGGAAAAGGAUCGCAUCUAGCUGCUCUUCUAAUCAGAAGGUCUCACGAAGAGAUGAAGCAUUUUAGAGUAAACACAUGUCUCUGUAACCUAAGGCAGCGCUAUUGGCCAAUAAGAGGAAGGGAACAAGUGAAGAAAAUCUUAUCGAGCUGUGUUUUGUGCAAGAAAUGGCGUGGUAAUCCUGGUGUCCAAUCCAUGACUGACCUUUCUGCAUCGAGAGUUGACUUCCCAAACCCACCAGUUACCUUGACAGGCGUUGACUAUUUUGGCCCUAUAACCACCAAAGCGGGCUAUGGAGGAGGUCGACGAGAAAAAGAUACAGAGUCGUGUUUACAUGUCUACAAACACGAGCUGUUCACCUUGAAAUUGCCCAAUCCCUAUCAACUGAUGAUUUCUUGA